AUGGCCACCCUCCACCAGCGGCUGCAACCUCGCGCGCCACCAGCUCCAACCCACGCCGCCGCCUACAUCUGCCUCCAGCUGCGCGCCGCCAACCCUCCAUCUCUCUCUCUCUCUCUCACCUCGCGUCCCACCACCAUCGCAAGCUCCACCCCAGCUUGCCGCCAACUGCAGUCGCCCUCUCCACCUCACUGGUGCACCUCCACCAGCUCAUCGCAGCUUCUACCUCCACCACGGACCUCCACUAGCCAUCGCCUCCUGACGCCAGCCGCCGCUGCUCCACUGCUCCACAGCUCCACCACCCAAGGUCGCUGCCCCUCCAUCGUGCAACCAUCAUCUGCUUGGUCCCUGUUAAAUUAUUUUACUGAAUUCUUGAGAUUGAUAUUUUCUAGACCCUCUGAUAGCUAUUUUAUUUGGAAGAUAUUGGGAGUUGAUUUUGGGGGCUUUUGUGCUGAAAGUGUUGCUCCUGUUAGUCUCCGAACUACUGUUGCUGGAAUUUCCUUUUUCUUGGGUAAUUUGCUGAUUUUGGCUACUGUGUCCCUUCCUUUGCUUAUUGCUGAUCGAUUGUGCCUAAUUGACUUGCUUGGAGACUGUUUGCAUUUGCUUGUUGAAGUUCGGCACCUGUCACUCCGAGAGAACCAAUUUUCAGUUAUAAUUCCCGAAGAGCUUGGAAACCUGAAAAAGUUGGUAGUUUUGGAUUUGGAUCAAAAUCGAUUUUCUGCUCCAUUGCCAGAUCUACUAUGUCAAAAUGGAACCCUCCAAAACAUUACUGUAUCUGAGAACAUGCUCACAGGUCCAAUCCCUAGAAGCUUGAAAAAUUGCUCAAGCUUAAUUAGGGCCCGCUUCAAUGGGAACCAUUCCUAUGGUAACUUGUCGGAAAUGUUUGGCAUCUAUCCCUUCCUGGAUUUCAUAGAUCUCAGCAACAACGAAUUCCAUGGGGAAUUCUCCAGCAGCUGGGGAAAAUGCAAAAGCUUGACAACCCUGAAGGUUGGAAAGAACAACAUCACAGGUGGUAUACCUCCAGAAAUUGGAACUUUAACUCAAUUACAUGCACUUUAUCUUUCUUCAAAUUAUUUGUCUGGGGAGAUACCAAGAGGAGUUGGGAAGUUGGCUUCUAUGCUUAAUCUAUAUUUGCAUGACAACCAACUCACUGGCAGUAUACCUCAGGAGUUGGGAAUGCUAACAAAACUUCUUUAUCUAGACCUAUCCACAAACUCCUUUAAUGGACCUAUUCUAGAACAUUUGGGAGAUUUGAGGUACUUGUUUCACAUGAACUUGAGCAACAACAUUUUCACCCAAAAGAUUCCAUUCCAAAUUGGGAAGUUGACCCAACUUUCUAAACUGGAUUUGAGUCGAAAUUUCUUCACAGGAGAGAUACCAUUUGAGUUCCUAAGUUUGCAAAAUCUGGGAACAUUGGAUCUCUCACACAAUAACCUCUCUGGUGUAAUCCCAAAGGCUUUAGUAAAAUUGCCUGGUUUAUUGCACAUUAAUAGUUCAUUCAAUAAUUUAGAGGGUCCAAUUCCGAGUGGUAGAGCCUUUAUGAAUUUAACCAUAGAGGAAGUACAGGGAAAUAAAGGUCUAUGCGGCAAUAUUACAGGGUUACCAGCUUGUGGAAGUUCCCCGUUGAUUAAAAAGCAUGUCAAGGAUAAGCAGAAGAAACUUCUUAUUGCAUGA